AUGGCCGUGGAUUCAGACCAACCACAAAACGGGACUCUCUUACAUAGUUUCCACCAGGCCAAUGGCGUCCUACCAGGCACAACAAUAUCCACAGCACCACAACCCAAACACCCCGUCACCACUAUCUCGCCACCUCAAACCCAGCCCGGACGACCCAUCAACAGCAAAGAAACCACCUUGACUCUCUACGAACCUCCCCAACUCGUCGGCAAUCCCAUCCUGCUACCCCUAAGAGACCUCAUAAAUCACGCCUUCGACACAUCCCACACCAGCCACGCCAUGUUCUCCACCCCUCGCCUGAGCACACCAGAAUACUACCUCGAAUCCCUCGGCUCCGACCCCGGAACAUUCGCCUACAUCCUCACGGAUAACAAAACGGGAACGCCAAUUGCCACGGCGGGAGCUCAUAGAUAUGUAGCCCCCGUCUUCGAAGCAACAACCAGCGAGCAAAAACGGACCUUCGCCAGAGUCCAACUACCCUCCCACAUCACCCACGCCAUAUCCACGGACCCCCAAACAGAAAUCUGGGAACUGAAACUCAUGGCCGUCGCCCCCUCCCUCCAAGGCCAAGGUCUAGCACGCUACCUCAUGGAUCUCGUAGAUCAGGAAGUCGUUCGACAGGUCCGAGCAGAGGGACGGGGACGGGCUGGCGGUUCUGGCAAGCUCUUCAUGCUGAUCACGACGUUGAAGGAGAUUAAUGGGGAGUUUUAUGCUCGGAGGGGGUAUGGGUUUGAUUAUGAGACGGUGCAUGAGGAGGGGUGGAUGGGGAGUAAGAGGGGGUUUGGGGUGGUGCAUAUGAGUAAGAAGGUGCCUUUGUAG